UCGUUGUGGUAUAUUUUCUUGCAGUAUCAGAAAUGUGAAGCUCUCCUGGAACAACUGAAAUCUUUUGAAAUAAUUGCUCAUCUAAAGCAUGUACAGGCGGAAAUUUAUGAGGUGAAAACUUGGUCCAACAGGAUAACUGAAAAACAAAAUAUAUUGAAUGACAAUUUGACAACUCUUUCUCAAGAAAUUGCAAAAGUAGACCAAAGUACAACUUCCAUGGCAAGAGAUGUUGGUCUCAAGAUUACAACUGUUAAAACAGAUGUACGACGUAUUUCAGGUUUAGUAACUGAUGUAACAUCCUUAACGGAUUCUGUACAAGAGCUAGACAAUAAAAUAGAAGAAGUAGAAAAAAAUACAGUAAAAAACAUAGGUGAUCUUCUCUCAAGUAGCAUUGACCGAACGACAGCACUCCGAAAGACAGCAUCUGAAAAUUCACAAAGAAUUAACUCUGUUAAGAAGACACUAUCUGAGCUUGAAACCAAUUUCAACAAGCAUGCAGAUAGAUUUUUAAGGUUAGAAAGUGACAGAGCCAAAGUUCUGAAGACAGUGACUUUUGUAAAUGACCUAAAGCCAAAGGUGUAUAAUCUGAAGAAGGACUUUUCCCGUUUGGAACCAUUGAUAAGUGAUUUAACACUACGCAUUGGAAGGCUGGGUACUGACUUACUACAAAGAGAGAAAGAAAUUGCUUUCUUAAAUGAAAAAAUAUCUAAUUUAACAGUAGUUCAAGCUGAGAUUAAGGAUAUUAAAGAUGAAAUGACACAUAUUUCAAAUAUGGAUUAGUUGAUUUUGUUUAAAGUAGGCUAAGGUAACUUCUUUUAAUGAGACCUUAAAAAGGCUGAUAAUCAGAAAUAAUAUUUUAGAAUUAAUCCAUUUUGUGUUUGAUUCUAUUUUGUACAACAAUAAAAUUUUAAAUAGAGUUAACAUUUGGAUUUCCAAAAUAAAUAUGCUGAAACCU